AUGUAAACCAAAGAGAAUAAGUAAAAAUUAGCGCUCAUUUUUUAGUUCCACCCAUUCUACAAAAUAUCUCAAAUCCGAUGGCAUUCGUAAGUUAACUGACUUAACCAAUUAUGACACCAUAAAAUAAUAGCAAAAAUUGCAGUUGAAACAUUCCAUUAACAAUUAAUAUUAAAAAAUUCUUGGCAGAUUACCCGAUGCGAAAUUCUUUAAUCCAAAAUCAGAAUCUUACGUUUCCUAUCCUUGUUAUAAUGAAAAAUAUUUAUAAUUUUCAAAAGAGAUUUUAUGCAAACUAAAAAAAAGAGUACAAUUUAUUUUAAAUUCAGACCCAAGACGAUGAUUGCGACACCGAUGAAGACGUCAAAUAACAAUCUGUGAAUCACAAUGUCACAGAAAUUCUAAAAUCCUUAUCCUCAAUAAAUAAAAAAUCCUACAAUACAUCAGAAUAUUUAUGA